AUGGCAACGCCGCCGCUGAUGCAGCAGCCGCCGCAAUGUGACCAUGAGCGCAUGGUCGUCGGCAACAUGUGCUCUUCUCUCUAUCUCGCCGUCUACAAAGGGAGGAUGGCCGAGGUCACGGCGCUGCUUCUGCAACAACACGCCGCUGCGAUAGACAGUCAAGCCACUGGUAACUAA